AGUGGGUGAUAGUUAAUAGGUUGCCAGUUGCCCGGUCUCCCGCCACGCACUCAUGUUUGACGUUUCAAGCGUCUUCACCCACGCACGCGCCUACAUAUAAACCCCCGACAUUUUCCCGUCUACUUUUCUCCCAAAACCUCAGCGUAAAACCCCACGCCAUAAAACUGGGAGAGAGCUCUCUCGAAUCAUGGCCGCCGCCGCCGCCGCAUUGAUGAAAAACGGCCACCUAAAAGCCCACCUCCGCCACCAUUCCCUCCACCGCUUCUUGCAGCAGAGCACCAAGCAUUCCAUACCCGACCCGCCAGUCUCAGCCCAUAAGAAAAUGGGCAAUCAUCUCAGGCACCAAUUCCAGCAAUGCAAAUGGUGUUCCCCUUUCCCCCACUUCAUUUCUCGGAAAACCAAAGAGCUGCAGUUCUCCGCUCCCACCAAAAUAUCCUCUAUUUUCUCCCCCAGGGUCUCGUCUUCUUCUCCUAAAUUCGGGUUGGUAGGCUGGUACUUGGGUAUGAUCCAGACCCGACCCAUUGCCACCAAAAGCAUCACCUCUGCCUUCAUUUACACCGUCGCGGAUUUAUCCUCUCAGACAAUUGCUGCGGAAAAUUCAGAGGGGUAUGAUCUGGUGAGGACUCUGCGAAUGGCUGGAUACGGGUUGGUAAUCAUAGGCCCUUCAUUGCAUUAUUGGUUCAAUUUAGUGUCGAGAGUGUUCCCAAAGCGUGAUCUUUUAUCCACUUUGAAGAAAAUGGCUUUGGGGCAGACUGUUUAUGGGCCAACGGCGACUACUGUAUUCUUCUCUGUUAAUGCUGCUUUACAAGGAGAAAGUUGCUCUGAGAUUGUUGCGAGAUUGAAACGAGAUUUGAUUCCUACUUUGAUCAGUGGCAUUAUGUAUUGGCCAGUAUGUGAUUUUGUGACAUUCAGAUUCGUCCCGGUUCAUUUACAGCCUCUGGUGAGCAAUUCAUUUUCAUAUCUGUGGACAGUUUACCUGACUUACAUGGCGAGCUUAGCAAAAGUUAGUUCGAGUUGAGAAGUUGUAAUGAAUCUUCAAGACAAACUCCAUACCUUGCAAGAUAUUAUUUAGUGCAUGUGGACAAAGCAGGAUCAGAAGGGGUUAGACUUCCUCGUUGUUUGAGCAGAGUUGAGUCAUUUUCUUGGCCUUAAAGUCCUCAGCAGAAACUAAUGAAGACUAUUUAGUUGUUGAUUCUGUCCGUAAACGACAAUGUUUCUUUGUCUCCGCUUAUAUUUGUUUAAUUUCGUGGUACUAGGUUAGCUGCUCUGUCCACCUGCAUUGUUGUACUCCAUGAAACGCAUUAUUUGAGAUAUUUCCAUAAUGUAACUAGUUUUUCACUUUGUAUCGAAUUCUUGAGGUCGUAAAUGACUCUACAUUCUGUCCAGGAAGUAAUUACAAUUAGCUUGCUGAACACAUCAAACUAGAUUGUUGUCCAAACUUGGAUGUAACAGUACCAGCAACCUUAUUCACGACCUCUGUAAAGUUGGCAAACAAGACUUUUGAGCCCAGAUUUGCAAAUGGUUCUUGAAUUCACCACUCCAGUUCAGUGUGUCGAAGUCAUAGG